AUGGAAAAUUUGGUAGAAUUUGGUACAAGUUCAAAUGAAGGGGAUGAAGUUGAAGAAGGACCUUCCGGUGAAAGGUGGCCUCCUUUGGGUGCUGCUGCUGUCGAAGACGAACAGCUUUGUUGUCCAGACUUUGAUUUCGAUAAAGAAUUUGAAGCUGCCAUCGCUUUGCAAAGAACAAAACAGAAAGAAUUGAUAGGUCAAUUAAAAAUUCAGUUGGAGGAAUUAGAAAAUUAUGCUUAUGAAAUGGGAGAAGCAGGUUUACCUCAAAGUAUUAUUAUGGAAAAACAAAGAGCUAUCAUUGACGAAUUGAAAUCUAAAAUCGAUUUAAAAGUUGAUGAUAUUGAUCAUUUAACUUUAGAAGACAUUAGAUUAGAAGUUGACAAAGCAAUCGGUCAGCUUGUAAAUCCUUUGAAAAUGAAAGAACAGCUAGUCAUACAACUUAAAACCCAAAUUGUCGAUCUUGAACGAUUCAUUGAUUUUUUACAAGGAAGUUCGGAAAAUUUCAGUUCUGAAGGAAAAAAAUACAUGAAAGGAAAAACUUGUCAAUGCACUUGUUCCAUUCAUUCUCUAUCAGGCGAUCAUGGAAAAUUGAAAAAUAAUGAAUAUUGGAAAAACAACACGAAUAAAACGAAAGAGGUACGAGACAAAACGUUAAACAUAAUGCGAAGAGUUGCAGCACUUUUACAAAUAUUUGCCGUAUCACAAUUCGGUUGCGGUUCGUCAAUCACUCAAUUUAAUUCGUUAAAAAAAACAAUGAAAAUUCCUCAUUGGGGAGAUUUGAGGGCAAGGUUGGAAUUAGCGGUGGUUAAUAUUUUGGCUUUAGCUGCCGAACAAGAAUCUCAAGAUGCUUAUGAAUACUCUUCGGAUAAUGAAAAUUACAUAACUGAUGGUAAUGCCAAAAUUAUAACUGCCGUCCGUAAGCAGUUGGCCAUAAGUAUAAGAGAUCUCAUGCAACAUGGACUCACAUCGAUCGAUGAAAGCAGUAGUUUGGUGCCAUUCAUGGGUUGUUUCGCAAGCAAAAGUAAAGAACUUCCUCCAAUGCACGCGUGGGAACUCAUAUUGAGAUAUUACGACGUUAAAAAUGGAGCCAGGUUCAAUUCCACGCCGGUGAGAAAAUUAUCGCAAAGUUUUAAUUUGAAUAUUGUCGGAAGCAAAGCAAUAUCAAAUAAGCAGAGCAUGUUGGGAGCCAUCGGUAACAUAAUGAGUUUACAUAAUCAAUUUAAAAGAAGUUACGAUGCUCAGUUUAAAGCUUUCAUAUGUGCAGCACUAAAUUCGAAAAAAUUAGUUGCUUGGCUUCGUCUCAUAUUCAGAUGCGAAUCUCUCAUCGAUGCCUAUUACAAACCCUGGAGUUACGUUUCCAAAACCGGAUUCGAAGACGGUUUGCAAAGUUUGGAAAAAUUAACUUGUUUGAAAUUCGAUCUUCCCGUCGAUAUUGCCGUUCAUCAUUUUCAAAACAUCAAAGACGCUUUUUGA